GUCUGGGUGCGGGGCUUACCAGCUCGUUGACAGUCGAUGCGCCCACGGUAUUGAUGAUGUGGAGCAACAGCUGCAGGGUGAAGACGACCAGGAGAAGAGACGGCAUGUUGGGGGGCGGGGACCAGUGUCGCGGUGUAGCGUGUUCUCACUGCAUCGUGUUGGAGUGUCAAGGGUUAUGUCAUAGUGGUGAUUUUGGGAGCUGCAAGCUAACGCGGUGGGGUCGUGCGCAGGGUUCUUGUGCGACGCCUGGGCAGCUUUCACUUUGAACCCAUAAAGCCGUUGCGACCGGAUCUUCCGCCAUGACGACCAAACGCGGGCAGCAAGAGGAGCUCCAGAAGCUGGCUUUUGCUUCGUUGAGCGAGUACUUCCAGGAGCACGCGGAUGAAGUUAUCCAGAUCGAGAUUCUACCUCCCGCUAUACAGCCACCGGAUGGCAUUACCAUGCAAGACGGACUGAGUUUGGGAUUCCCAAAGAAAAUACUCGCCUUAGCUUACCUGGAAGCCCGCCAACAAUUCUUCAAGCAUAGCGAGGCACAGGACGCACUCACAACUGCACAGACAUUGCAAGCGACAAAGGUCAUGCUUCUGUUCGACCCAGAGCAUCUUACUGCAGCAAACUAUCGAAAAAGCAUCUUGUUUCAGCUGAAAGAAGACUACGGUCUUCGCGUUGGAACUCCAUACCAUGAGGCAUUGCGACAAGAGCUGUGCUUUCUGAACAGCAUUCUUACAUCUCCACUUCAUCGUCAGUCCAAGUCACCGACCUUGUGGUACCACCGAUUCAGCAUCGUGGAUUCUUUGAGACUCAUAGAGCUGAGGAAUGCGCCACGAGAGCACAUAGCAACGUUUUGGGAGAGCGAAUUCGCUGCUAUUUACAAAUCUGGAGAGCAACAUCCAAAGAACUACCACGCCUGGCAGUAUGCUCGUAGGCUAGUACCUAAGCUUGAGAGCAGCGAGGUGGUUGACCAUAUCGCCCGCAGCGUCAAGGACUGGUGCUGCAGACACCCAAGCGAUAUCUCUGGUUGGUCUUUCUUGCUACAUUUGAUGUCUAUCAUAGCCACAUCGUUACAGCGAGAGCUAGUGGGCGAUAUACUGAACUAUGUAAUAAACCUUGACUCUGAACAAGAGUCGCUAUGGAUAUUCAUACGUACAGUUCUGGCGCUGCGUUACGAGGAGCUUUCGGCGUCCUACCAGUUGCUCAAAUCCUACAGGGAAGACCUAAAAGAUACCAACAGGCGACCAAUAGCACUAGACCGUGUGUGUAACGCUAUUGCUUGGAUUCAAGCUCACCAACAGUCUGGCUUGUGAAAAGGACACUUCAUCUUUA